AUGGCUGCGUCCCUGGUGUUCAGACUUCAUGACAGGGCUCCAGAGCUGCUGAGACAGGUUCUCCUGGAGCGAGGAUGGGAAGAAUAUGACGGAGGACAACGGGAGGAGGGAGACUGGAACCUCCACUGGCGCGGCGCGGCCUUCCACAGCUCCGAAUAUCACAACCUGUUGCCAUGGCAGCGCCUCAACCACCAUCCCAAGACGGUUGGCAUCACACGCAAGGACUUCUUGGCACGAAACCUGAGGAGGAUGAGAGCCACGUGGGGCUCAUCGCUCUACGACUUCAGUCCCACCGCGUUCAUCCUCCCUAACGACUACACCCGCUUCCUGGCCGCAUACGACAAACUGCAUCUGACCGGAGGGCCGCCGCUCUACUGGAUCUGCAAACCCGUGGAUCUCUCCAGAGGCAGAGGGAUCUUCAUCUUCCAGGAUAUUAAAGACCUGGUCUACGACUGCUCCGUCAUCGUGCAGCGGUACGUCAGCGACCCUCUGCUGAUCUCUGGCUACAAGUUCGACCUGAGGAUCUACGUGUGCGUGAAGAGCUUCCAUCCGCUGACUGUUUACAUUCAUCAAGAGGGGCUGGUGCGCUUCGCCACGGAGAAGUACAACCUGGCGUCUCUGCAGAACCUGUUCGCUCACCUCACCAACACCAGCAUCAACAAGUUGGGUCCUUUCUACAGAGCCGAAAAAGAGCGAGUGGGCCCAGGCUGCAAGUGGACCAUGAGCAAGUUCCGACAUUUCCUCCACAGCCAAGACGUCGACGAGCUUCUUCUGUGGCAGAGGAUCAACACCAUCGUCACGCUGACCCUCCUCACCAUCGCUCCCUCUGUUCCCUCCUGUCCCAACUGCGUGGAGCUCUUCGGCUUCGACAUCCUCGUCGACGUCGAGUUCAAGCCCUGGCUGCUGGAGGUCAACUACAGCCCCGCGCUGACGCUGGACUGUCCAGCUGACGUCACAGUGAAGAAAGGACUGAUCGGUGAUCUGAUCGAUCUGAUGAACUACACGUCGAUCGACAGCUUGAGAGACAGAGCCUAUCGGAGACGUAAGCACAGGCAGCCUCGUCUCCACGUCGCCCGGCCCUCGUACGUUCCUCUGUCCUCACUCCCUCUGCUACAAACUGUCCCACAGUCUAAAGACAUGAACCCAAGACAACAUGCUUUUGUGGCGGACCACCGGAGACACCUUCCCCCAGUUAACUCGAACCAAACGUGUGCAGCCAGGGUCACGGUGAUUAACUCCACGGACAGAAAAACCCACAGCGACAAGACUCCGAACCUGACACACCACAACGUGUCAGUGGUGAAGGGACGCACACGUCCAGGCCUCGCACCGUGGCUGAGGGACAACAGGGGUCUUCGGGCGCCCAAGGUUACAAACCCUGAGACGAAGCUCUCAGGAGAGACGGACGUUUCUUCGAAGGCCCCUGAUAUCCGACAGAGGGAGCUGGGAUUCAAACCAUCUGCUGUGGCCUUGAAGCUCCCGAACAUUUACAGGUAA